AUGUAUAAUACUAAUGAGUCCUUACUUUGUGGGCUACUUGGUGGUACGAAUAAAAAGAAUUUGAAGAAGAUUAUCAAGCAUGCAAAGACGUGUGUUUUAGAUGAAAGGCUUUACAUAUACAACAGUAGUACAGAUGGGUUUGGGAUUUUGUUCAAUUCUGUUAUGGAGGUUGUGGGGGCAACCUUUGAUGGAAAAUAUCAUCUCUCCAUGAAUGAGCUUUCUGAUUCCCAGAAGUCUCUCGUGGAAGCUUUAAAGGAGCAAGUUUACAAAAAUUUGGAGGGGAUGUUACCAAUAGAUGAUCUAUCAGUGGUCGCAGCUCCAGUCCUAGAAACUAAUCUUCAUGGUGAUCCUCUUGGAAUUUGCUAGUUUAGGUAAUACAGACGUGUGUUUUAUACUGUUGUAUUUAUUCCACUUGAUUUGCAAUGCAAACCAGUUUUGGGAACUAUAUCGAAUUGCAAUAACAGCAACAGGAGUGAUGGAUCAUUUUCAUUGCACCGAUUGAUGAUGAUGAUGAUGAUGAAGUAAUUGGUAAGACUCCGUUGAUGCAGUCAAGAUAAAUAAAGAGAUG